AUGAAUCCAGCUGGUGCUGACACCCGCAAGGGUGAGGAUACACCUCCUCAGCUUGACGAGAAGGGCCUUUCGGUACAUGUCGGUGGUGCCAGUGGCCGUCACGACAGCGAUGAUGAGGGUGUUGGGCUUCGUCGAGAGACGCCAACGGAGGAUGAGAUGAAGAAUUUACGCAGAGUGUCGGACAAGAUUCCAUGGAUCACUUUCAGUGUCGCUUUCGUCGAACUCUGCGAGCGUUUCUCCUACUACGGAACUACGGUUGUCUUUACCAACUUUAUUCAGCGACCGCUUCCUCCAGGAUCAACGACCGGUGCCGGUGGAACGCAUAGAACUCCUGGUGCUCUAGGCCUUGGUCAACGUGCCUCCACGGGUUUGACCCUUUUCAAUCAGUUUUGGUCCUAUGUUAUGCCUUUGCUCGGUGCUUAUGUUGCCGAUCAAUAUCUCGGCCGUUUUAAAACGAUCAUGUACUCAAUUGCCUGCUCGUUAGUCGGACAUUCCAUUCUUAUUAUUUCGGCAAUCCCACCAGUUAUUUCCCGAGGAAAUAGUGCAAUUGGUGCUUUCGUUAUUGGUAUGAUUAUCAUGGGUGUCGGAACCGGAGGUUUCAAGUCCAAUAUCUCUCCUUUGAUCGCAGAACAAUAUACCGAAACUCAACAUUUCAUUGCAACAACGAAAAAGGGAGAGCGCGUCGUGGUCGACCCGGCUGCAACUAUUUCUCGCAUUUUCCAUUACUUCUACCUCAUGAUCAACAUCGGCGCCCUUGUUGGUCAACUUUCCAUGGUCUAUGCUGAGAAAUAUGUCGGUUUCUACCUCGCCUUCCUCUUGCCGACUAUACUUUUCUGCUUCUGCCCACUCGUCUUGUUCCUUUGCAGAAAUCUCUAUGUCCAAACACCCCCGCAAGGAUCCGUCUACGGCAAAGCCUUUAAGGUCUGGGGCCUCGCAAUGAAAGGCAGAUGGUCGAUCAACCCAAUACAAACCUACCGCAAUUUUCAGGACCCUAACAUGUGGGAAGCUGCUAAACCAAGCAACCAUCCUGUCAAGCCAGAAUGGAUGACCUUUGACGAUGCCUGGGUUGAUGAAGUUCGACGUGGAUUGUUGGCUUGCGGUGUCUUCCUUUGGUACCCUCUCUUCUGGCUCUCUUACAACCAGAUGAUCAACAACUUGACCUCUCAAGCCGCUACUAUGUUGCUCAAUGGCGUUCCUAACGAUGUCAUUACCAAUCUCAACCCUUUCUCGCUCAUCCUCUUUAUUCCAAUUAUGGACAAACUCGUGUAUCCCGGUCUGCGAAAAAUGGGCUUUAACUUCACGCCCAUUAAGCGAAUCACCGCCGGUUUUAUCAUUGCUGGCUGUGGUAUGAUUUCGGCCAGUGUGACUCAGCACUAUAUCUACAAACUCGGCCCAUGCGGGAAAUACGCAAACAAGUGUGCUAAACAAAACAUUCCAGCUCCUAUCAGUGUCUGGGUUCAGGCUAUUCCCUACGUUUUCGGUGGUAUUUCCGAAAUUUUUGCAUCUGUCACAUCCCUCGAGUACGCUUAUACCAAGGCUCCGAAGAACAUGAGAUCUCUGGUGCAAGCCGUCUCGCUCUUCAUGAACGCCAUCUCUGCUGCUUUGGGCCAAGCUUUUGUCUCUCUUUCUGAGGAUCCACUGUUGGUGUACAACUACGCCGUCGUUGCCGGUCUCGCUUUUCUAGGUGCCAUCGGUUUCUGGUUUACUAACCGAAGUGUUGAUAUGGAGGAAGACGACCUGAACCGUCUUCCCGAUUCCAACUUCAACAAGGCUCAAAAUGACCUAGAAAAGGCGCCAUAA